UCAAAUAGUGACAAAGUAAAUCAAAUCAAACCAAAGAGAGAGACUCUAACAGGGACCAAAGUUCCGUCUUCCAUGUUCUUCUCACAAUCUCAAUCCUUCAACCUCUAUCAACUUUUUCUCUCAUCAAUGGGACUGCGUGGUUCCAAAAUCCGAGGGUAUCGGAAAUUUUAGCUCAGGAGUAUCGGCGAUUGAAAAAAAUUAUGGUUCUGUUAUUUGGUUGGUGUGAGGGUGUGGAAUAGAUGUUUGAAUCUGAGAUUUUGCUUGAUUUGGGGGUUCGGAGGAAUUAGAUAGAUAGAGGGCAUGGAUUGUUCAGGGCAUUCUUCCAAAUCAGGGUCUGGAGUGUGUGUUGCUCAACCUGUAGAAAAUGGAGGUUUUGGUGGAGAUGGGAGGUGCUGCAAGCAUGCUUCCCCUCCAAGGAGUGGUGGGUCCAGGAAUAAUAGUCCAAUGGGGCGGGGAGGGUCCAGGAACACGAGCCCUUCGCGGCAGAAGGUUGUUAAGACCAAGCCAAGGGGUUUGGAUGAGGAAACUCUUGCCACAUUUGGUAAGGUAGUGCAUACCGAUGUUCAAAUGGAGGAUAAUAUAUGGGCAAUGUUGCCCGAGGACUUGUUGCAUGAGAUCUUAGCUAGGGUGCCUCCGUUUCUAAUUUUCCGGCUCCGAUUGGUUUGUAAACGGUGGAAUUCUCUGCUUCAAGAUAGUAGUUUUCUCAAAUUCCAUUCCAGUGUGCCAUCGCAUGGACCAUGUCUCCUUACAUUUUGGAAGAACACGCAGAUCCCACAGUGUUCGGUUUUCAGCUUACCACUGAAAACUUGGUAUAGAAUACCGUUCACUUUCUUGCCACCAUGGGCAUUCUGGUUAGUUGGAUCUUCUGGUGGUCUUGUUUGCUUUUCUGGGCAUGAUGGACUAAUGUUCAAGACUCUGGUGUGUAACCCCCUAACUCAAACUUGGAGGGCACUGCCCAGUAUGCAUUACAAUCAACAAAGACAACUGAUAUUGGUUGUUGAUCGGGUGGAUCGGUCAUUUAAAGUGAUAGCCACGAGCGAUAUUUAUGGUGACAAGUCAUUGCCAACUGAAGUUUAUGACUCAAAGAUCGACAGUUGGACAAUUCAUCAGAUUAUGCCAGCAGUUAAUCUCUGCUCUUCAAAAAUGGCUUAUUGUGACUCCAGAUUGUACUUAGAAACCCUUUCACCGCUUGGUCUGAUGAUGUAUAGAUUAGACACAGGUCACUGGGAACAUAUUCCGGCUAAGUUCCCUCGAUCAUUGUUGGAUGGUUAUUUGGUUGCUGGUACCCAAAAGCGUCUUUUUCUUGUUGGAAGGAUUGGCCUUUAUAGUACUCUACAGAGUAUGAGAAUUUGGGAAUUGGAUCAUACCAAAUUUACGUGGGUGGAGAUCAGUAGGAUGCCCCCUAAGUAUUUUCGUGCUUUGUUGAGAUUAUCAGCGGAGCGAUUUGAAUGCUUUGGGCAGGAUAAUUUAAUCUGCUUCACGUCUUGGAACCAAGGGAAAGGUCUUCUAUAUGAUGUGGAUAAAAAGAUCUGGUCAUGGAUUGGUGGGUGUGCUCUCCAGUCAUACAACAAUCAAGUUUGUUUCUAUGACCCGAGGUUUGAUGCUUCUAUCUACUAAGUUUGAGUCUUGUGACAUGGUGUCAGUUGUACAUCAACAUUUACAAUGAUUUUCUUGACGUGUGUUCUUUGCAAUGACAUUCUCUCUGACCAUUCAUAAUGUUAUUGCUCACAAUGGGCUGAUUUUCUUCAUCGGUAAAAUGUCUUACUUGCUGCAAUGAACAGCAUGCCUGACUCUGAAUACCGGUUCAGCUCCAUAGACAGAUUUCUGUGAAUGGAAUUCAAGAUGAAAGAUAAUGCAAGUUGAUGUACAGUGCUGAAGGAAAGAUUAUCAACUUCUACAAACGGGUUUGGAUGUUUAAAAAGGGGUAUGUAGCUGUUGAUGUGCGGGAAACAUUUUUUUGAAGACAUUUUCUUACCUUACCAAUUGGAGAAGAUGCUUUAUAGGCAUUGAAACUGUGCAUCCUAAAUUUUAACUGCUUUUCUGCUUGACGGCUCACCGGUGUAAUGUAACUGUUCUGAAGCUUGUCUUGAACAUUGACCAUGUGUAACUUUCUGUGUAAAUGGAUUCUCCCAACCCUUGUUUUUUACUCAUGAAGAGAAUGGUUAACUUUAUAAUAUCGUCUUGAUCUUGAUCAGAUUAUAGAAAAUGAUCUUGUUAUU